UGCUCAUAAAUUAUGUGAUUUACAUAGUUUGAUAAGAAUAUUCGUGCGAUUUGUGUCUUUGAAAUGGAAUUUGAGUUUGCUAUAGAAGAAAUUCCUAAUUUGGUCAGAAUAAAUAGGCGGCAGCAGCAUCGCGGUGCAGAGAUAACAUAACACAAGCAGCAGGCAUAGUUAUUCACGAAUCAAUGACGAUUUUCCCGCUCUGUUUACGUAAAUAGUUGCAGCUGUAAGAUGGCAGCGGCAACAAGAACAGACCACAAAGCCAAUCCACUUAAAUCGUUUAUUGCUGGAGGCUUUGGUGGUAUUUGUAACGUACUCACAGUAUACCCAUUGGACACAAUCAAAGUGCGGCUGCAGACGAUGCCUUUGCCCGCAGCUGGACAGUCACCCAGAUACAAUGGGAUUGUAGACUGUACUGUGAAGACUUUUCGAACUGAGGGAUUGCGUGGCUUCUAUCGAGGCAUUUCUGCUCCCUUGGUUGGUGUAGCGCCCAUUUAUGCCGUCAUCUUCGCUGUUUAUGCGGUUGGCAAGCGACUGUUCCAAACAGAUGAACAUAUAAAGCUGAAUUACACACAGAUAUUUAUGGCUGGCGUUGGCACUGGCAUUUGUUCAGCACUGGUUGCCGUGCCAACAGAUCGCAUUAAGGUGCUGCUGCAAACACAGUCUUUGACAAGGCCACGCAAGUACAAUGGCAUAAUGGAUACAGCUAUAAAACUCUACAGAGAGGGUGGCAUACGUAGUCUCUACAAAGGCACCUGUGCAGGCAUGCUGAGAGAUUCACCAACUGGUGUAUACUUUGUUGUCUAUGAGGCCUUACAGGAUUUGGCGAGACGGCGCUCGCCAUCAGGGAAUAUAACAGCAACUUCUACGAUAUUUGCUGGUGGAAUGGCUGGCAUUACAUUCUGGUCCAUAGCUGUGCCUUUUGAUCUGCUUAAAAGUCGACUACAAUCCGCGCCCGAAGGCACUUAUAAACAUGGGAUUCGCAGUGUUUUUCGGGAUUUAAUGGCAACUGAGGGUCCCAAGGCGUUGUUUCGUGGAGCUUCGCCUAUAUUAAUACGUGCUUUUCCCUCGACAGCAGCGGUUUUCAUUGGUGUAGAGGUGGCCAAUGAUUUAUUGUAUUCUUAGAGUAUUUUUAAAGGUUUGCGCCAAUUAGAUGCUAUUUUUUGAAAUGGAUUUCUUAUGUAAUUAAAUGCGAAUGUUUUGAUAA